AUGGGAACAUCCGAGUGGGAUAUUUCCGAUUUCAUAUCUUCCUCGAAUGCAGCAGUAGUCUGUGGGUCGAGGGUGGAGUUUUCUGGGCGCUGGAAUAGCCGAUUUUGUCACGCUAUUAGCGAUGUUUUUGUGUCCACGUAUAGUGUGUAUUUCGUCACACAUCAACAUUCGAAACUACUGAAGAAAUACAUUUGGACGAAGAACUUAAGUGUGAGAUGAAAUGACAACGUCAACAUUGCAGAAGGCAAUUGAUCUUGUGACCAAAGCCACAGAAGAAGACAAGUCUAAGAAUUAUGAGGAGGCGUUGCGUCUUUACCAACAUGCUGUGGAAUAUUUUCUUCAUGCCAUUAAAUAUGAGGCCCACAGUGACAAGGCGAAGGAAAGCAUUCGAGCUAAGUGUAUGCAGUAUUUGGACAGAGCAGAGAAACUUAAGGAUUACCUGAAGAAUAAAGACAGACAGUGCAAGAAGCCUGUGAAGGAGUCACAGAACAAUGAGAAGAGUGACAGUGACAGCGAAGGAGAAAACCCAGAGAGGAAGAAGCUUCAGGAGCAGCUAAUGGGUGCAAUAGUUAUGGAGAAGCCCAAUGUGAGGUGGACGGAUGUGGCUGGGCUCGAGGGAGCCAAGGAAGCUUUAAAAGAGGCUGUCAUCCUUCCCAUCAAAUUCCCUCACCUCUUUACAGGUAAACGGACGCCAUGGAGGGGCAUCCUACUGUUUGGUCCACCAGGAACAGGGAAGUCGUACCUGGCCAAAGCUGUUGCCACUGAGGCCAACAACUCCACUUUCUUCUCUGUCUCCUCUUCAGACCUUAUGUCAAAGUGGCUGGGAGAAAGUGAGAAACUCGUCAAGAACCUGUUUGAUCUGGCCCGGCAGCACAAACCUUCCAUCAUCUUCAUCGAUGAGGUGGACUCUCUGUGUGGCUCCAGAAAUGAAAACGAGAGUGAAGCUGCCCGCCGCAUUAAGACAGAGUUCCUGGUUCAAAUGCAAGGUGUUGGAAACAACAAUGAUGGCAUUUUGGUGUUAGGAGCCACCAAUAUUCCCUGGGUUCUUGAUGCUGCCAUCCGUCGAAGAUUUGAAAAGCGCAUCUACAUUGCUCUGCCGGAGGAGCCAGCCCGGGCUCAGAUGUUUCGCCUACACCUAGGCAACACACCUCACAGCCUGAGCGAGGCUGACUUGCGGCAGCUUGCUCAUAAAACAGACGGCUACUCUGGUGCUGACAUCAGCAUCAUCAUACGGGAUGCACUGAUGCAACCUGUGAGGAAGGUCCAGUCUGCAACACACUUUAAAAAGGUUCGUGGCCCGUCCCGCAGCAACAACCAGGUCAUGGUGGACGACCUAUUGACGCCUUGUUCACCUGGUGACCCUGAUGCCCUUGAGAUGACCUGGGUGGAUGUGCCUAGUGAUAAGCUACUUGAGCCAAUAGUCUGCAUGACGGACAUGCUGCGGUCUCUUUCAACAACUCGUCCAACAGUCAACACUGAAGAUCUGCUCAAGGUCAAGAAGUUCACAGAGGACUUUGGGAUGGAGGGCUGAAUGACAGAUUUCCCCAACGUUAAAUGAAUCAAACUGCCCCUAGUAUUUUUAUCAUUGUACCAUGCUCUACGUAUAGCCUUACCUCACCUGACUGCAACUAGUUUAUUGCCUUUCUUGGAUUUCUUGGAAUCUACUGUAUUUUUCCCAUUACAAAUAGAGUCAAACUUCGGUUUUCGACUACAAUCCGUUCCAGAAGGCGGCUAGAGAAGUGAAUCAGUCGAAUUCAGAAUCUAUUUUUCCCAUUACAAACAAUGGAAAAAAUUUUAAUCCGUUCCAAGACUAAAAAAAACAACGCCUUUUUUAAGCAUUUUUUCAUUUGCGCAUUUUUAUCCGAUCGCGCAACUGCACCACACCGCCGAACGCGCAACCGUAGCGUGCUGCCGACGGCGUAACUGCACCGCGCUGGUCGCAUUAUUAUCGCUGAAAUUUAGGAAAUAUUUUUAAAGUCCUGAUGUACUGUCCAAAAUUUAAGUGGACCUCAGUGCGCAGGGAGCUUAAUUUGGUCCGAGCGCGCCGGGCACUCAGUUGCAUUGCUUUAAGAGCGAGCGUCUUUGUCAUUUAGGCUGGCUUUACUGCUUCCACUUGCUUUCUUUGGAGGCAUGAUUGUCAAUACAAUCCUCAAAGUAACAAAAAUACAACAACGAAUGGAGUCAGUCGGCAUCCGGGCUGGGCGGUCGGGUUUUCUCGGGUCCUUUCGGCUCAUCUCGCGAGGUUCGACCUCCGAAUUUUGUUCGACAACCGAAGCAAAAAAUCUCGAAUUUUUCAUUCAAAUUCCGAUUUGUUCGAGAACCGGGACGUUCGAAAACCAAGGUUUGAUUGUAUACAUAAAAUAACUAUAACAUAAACAAGUUUAUUGAACCAUCCGUGGCACUCCAAAUCAUUAAAUCUGUUGAAAUCUUCGGCUGACUCUGGAAGUAGAUGCGGCACUGACGUCAGACUCAUUGUCAAUUGCAGUUCCAAUUAUUCCACAGGCCUAGCGCGCCCUUAUGCGGUUUAGAGUGAAAAUAACAUGUGAGGUGAUAUACAGGGUCCGACAAAAUGAACUGACACAUUUGUAGGUUUAAUAAAAUUCAAAUAAAUUGAAGAAACAAAAAUGUAUUUUUUUUAUUUUCGAAAAGUACAUAUGUAUGCCGUUUUGUUUCGUUUCAUUUUAUUUUUGUUUCAUUUUCGAAUAAUGUUAUUUUGGUCUUACCGCUGCCACAUUUUCUGGCAUUCUGACGGUGCGAGGUCGGCCGGUUGAUUUUCGUUUCAGUGCUGAUCCACUGGCUCUGAAGUUAGUAACCCAUGACAAGAUUGUGUUUCGAGCAGGUACGGGAUCAUGUCUACCAAGUCUGAAGGGCAAACUGAACGCUCGUUGUGUUGCAGUUAAAGAUUUGUUCCUGAUAAACGUUUCCACAAUGUAAGCGCGAUGCUCACAGGUCCAAUUCAUGUUAGCAACUGAAACGAAAUAAAAUAACAUUAUUCGAAAACAAAAUGAAAAUUAAAUGAAAAUAAACAAAAUGGCAUAUGUACUUUUAAAAAACAAAAAAAUAUAUCUUUGUUUCUUUAAUUUAUUUGCACUUUUUUAAACCUACAAAUGUGUCAGAUCAUUUUGACGAACCCUGUACUAGUAAUAUGUUAAUGAUCAAGUAAUAAUGUGUUAAUAAUUUGAGAUGUAAGUCGCUCUGAGUAUGAGUCAAACUACAAAAAAACUGUGUUUUAUAGUCUGGAAAAUACGGUAUUUCUUUGAGAUUAUGUCAUUGUUUUUUGGGCGAAAUUUUAUGUAUCACAAGUACCAGUAUCAGUGCUUGAGUAUUGGUGACUACUCAAGAAUUGUACAUUUUAUGUGACAAGCUCUUCAUAUCAGCAUUCCUAAACAAUGAAAAUAAGUACUAAAUUUCUCAUAGUCAACAAACAAUGUCCAUUUGUUGAUGAUUUAGCACUGAGACUUUAUUUCCCAAAAAUAUUUGAUUAAAGUCAAAGGAGAUUGGUCAAGCUUA